UCUUUUGAUUCCAUUGGUGUCACAACAGACAGGAAUUUUAUUUCAAGGGUUGCACUUCUGCUCCUAGCUUUUACUAUGCAAGACAUUAUCAACAAACAAAACAUUCCAACAUUGUUUUAACACAACUGAUAAACGUUUUUUUAAACCAUUUCUAACUAUAACUUAACACCGCGAGUACUAUGUGGAUGAGUUAGCGUUAAAAAGAAGCUUAUGUUUCAAUCAGCAAUUUAAGGUGCUCUUAACGAGAAUAGUGUCUAACAAGAUCUACAAUAGAAUGAUUCAAAUGUUGUUAUAGUUGCGUUAUGUGUGAUAAAUUAUUUCCAGUCUUUUUAUAGUUGAGUUUUGUGUGAUACAUCAUUUCCAGUCUUUUUAUAGUUUUGUGUGAUAAAUUUCCAGUCUUUUAUCCAGAAGUAUUGGAGUAGACGUUCUGCUAAAGAAAUGAUGUGGUCUAGAUUGCUAGCGGCUUUGAUGCUGUCAGUAUUUACAGACAAUGCCAUGUCAGCCUGUCCAAAGGAUAAGAACGUCUGCGAGUAUUGGCUUGAGGUAGAGAGUUUUAUGACCAUGAUGGACUACAAGACGGCAGUCUACGCUUCUGGCGGGAAACUGUAUCACUUCAACGUGACAAACACAACUCUGGAGACGCACAUUAGUGAUACCAACGUGAUCACAGCAGACGGCUGGGAGAACCAAAGACUGGUCAUUGCUGUCAAUAAAACAAUACCUGGACCUACUAUCGAGGUGUAUGAAGGUCAGACUGUCGUGGUGCACGUCAAAAAUAAACUCAUGGCUAGUGGGAUCAGCAUCCAUUGGCACGGUCUGCAUCAGAAGGGAACUGUGUGGAGUGACGGAGUUAGUUUCAUUACUCAGUGUCCCAUACUUCCUGGUCAAACAUUCACAUACAGAUUUGUAGCUGACCCCAAGGGAACAUUUUGGUACCACGCCCACACAGGGACACAGCUCUCUAUGGGUUUAUUGGGACCUUUUAUUGUCCGAGAGAACCAGUCGAUGCCGAUGGGAGAGGAGAUGGGAGAGCAUAUCAUGAUGCUUCAGGACUGGAACCAUGACAUGGAUGCCGAGCUCCUACAUCAUAAGAUGUUGUAUGGUAACUUUGAGAACAGAACCAGAGUGGAGUUCACUGGAUCAUUAGAAGGAGGAAACUUUAGUAUGUUCAAGUUUCACUCAGGACUAAUCAAUGGUAAAGGAAGAUACUUUCAACCGGACGGUACUUUUAUUGAAGCUCCUCUGUCUGUAUUUACUGUCCAGCAAUCUAAAUCUUAUAGGUUCCGGGUAAUAGGAGCAGGCAACCUGUAUCCCUUUAGAGUUUCCAUUGAUGGACAUCCUCUAAAGAUCGUGGCUACUGAUGGAAAUGAGGUCGAUCCUCUGCUGGUAGAGUCUUUUAUAAUCAACCCAGGUGAAAGAUACGACUUUGUAGUAGUGGCCAAUCAAAGUAUCGACAAUUAUUGGAUAAGGGGAGAAACGCUGGAGGUCAAUGUCAAGAAUCACACCGCCUUGGCUAUAUUUAGAUAUGCUAAUGCCCCUGACACUGACCCUCUAACCAAAAGAAGACAAUGCUUACAGAGUCACAAAUGCCUUGUUGCCAACUGCCCCUUUUUAUACUACCCUGAGACAGAAAAUACUACUUGUGUGAAUCAAGACAAAUUUAAGUCGUUGGAGAAUACACCCGUACCAGAUUCAGAUAACAUUGAGGAGAUCUUUCUGAACUUUGCCUUCCCUGGACCUGAACCUGAUGAGCAGCCGACAUCAGUGAAUGGAAGACAUUUUGUGAUGCCUCAUGUGUCUGCCUUGACACAAUGGAAUGAAAUCAACACAUUUUGUAAACCAGAUGAAUGCGGGCAAGACAAAACAUGUGAAUGUACAUAUUCCAUGGAUCUCAAGUAUAACAAAGUCUACCAACUGAUAUUUCUGAACAUGGGUAGAGGCAAAGGUUAUGCUCAUCCAGUACAUCUCCACGGUCACUAUUUCCACAUUCUGAAGAUUGGUUAUCCACAGUAUGAUGAUAGUACAGGGAAGAUAAUCCAAGACAAUUUAGAUAUACAGUGCGAUGGAGAUCAGGACAGGGAGAAAAGUUUUUGUAAUUCUGCUUCCUGGGCCAAUCGUUCAUGGGGAGGUAACAACAUUCCCGGUCUUCAGUUGACAUCUCCUACCAUCAAAGACACUAUAAUAGUACAAACAGGAGGAUACGUGGUAGUUCGAUUCAAGACCGAUAACCCUGGCCUGUGGAUAUUACACUGUCACAUAGAGUUACACAGUGCUGAUGGCAUGGCUUUAUUGUUUAAUGUAGCUAAAGAACUCUAUCCUAAAGCUCCUGCUAAUUUACCCAAAUGUGGAGAUUUUAUUUACACUGCUCCAGUGCAAGGGACUACAAGUAGAGGAGACCAACAAGACUCUAAAUCAACUGUUAUGACCUGCUUACUUGGUAUGGUGCUACUAUUUCAAUACUGCAGCUAAACUGGAUCUUCAAAACACAUCAUCUAAUUAUAUUAAAGUCGCUUUCAAAAAGUUAAAUUGAACAGAACAUGUAGCUAAUUAAUCCUUAUUCCGAUACGUAAUCUAGAUCUUGUGUUUUGUACUUCAACUUUCACCUAAUUAAAAACAAGUAAAAAUUAAAAUACUUUUUUUUUAAAGACAAUACCGCCUUUGUACAUACAACUUAUAGGGCGAUUGUUUUUCUCUUAAUAAUUAAUUAAUGUUAGAUUAAAAACAAUAGAGCAUUUAUAUACUCCACCCCUCCUCCCUUCUCCCGAGAAAGAAUCUACCAGAGUUUAUAAUAAUCCAUUUAUAGAUCUUUAAAUCUAGACUUAAAAGACAAUUCGCUAAUUUUCUAAACUUUUAUUUACUAAUCUCUUGAAUCAAUAAUGCCUUACAUUCGGGAGUUUCCCAACGAGCUAGUGAUUCUUUUCUCAGCAAUUUACAUGAGAAAAUAGAGACUAGAGUUAGAGGGCACACAAAGUACGUCUGUGGUUUGAAUAGACAGGAGCGAAAUUAGAGACUAGAGUUAGAGGGCACACAAAGUACGUCUGUGGUUUGAAUAGACAGGAGAGAAAUUAGAGACUAGAGUUAAAGGGGACACACAAAGUACGUCUGUGGUUUGAAUAGACAGGAGAGAAAUUAGAGACUAGAGUUAGAGGGCACACAAAGUACGUCUGUGGUUUGAAUAGACACGAGAGAAAUUAGAGACUAGAGUUAGAGGGCACACAAAGAACGUCUGUGGUUUGAAUAGACAGGAGAAAAAUUAGAGACUAGAGUUAGAGGGCACACAAAGUACGUCUGUGGUUUGAAUAGACACGAGAGAAACUAGAGUUAGAGGGCACACAAAGUACGUCUGUGGUUUGAAUAGAUAGGAGAGAAAUUAGAGACUAGAGUUAGAGGGCACACAAAGAACGUCUGUGGUUUGAAUAGACAGGAGAAAAAUUAGAGACUAGAGUUAGAGGGCACACAAAGUACGUCUGUGGUUUGAAUAGACACGAGAGAAACUAGAGUUAGAGGGCACACAAAGUACGUCUGUGGUUUGAAUAGAUAGGAGAGAAAUUAGAGACUAUAGUUAGAGGGCACACAAAGUACGUCUGUGGUUUGAAUAGACAGGAGAGAAAUUAGAGACUAGAGUUAGAGGGCACACAAAGUACGUCUGUGGUUUGAAUAGACACGAGAGAAACUAGAGUUAGAGGGCACACAAAGUACGUCUGUGGUUUGAAUAGAUAGGAGAGAAAUUAGAGACUAUAGUUAGAGGGCACACAAAGUACGUCUGUGGUUUGAAUAGACAGGAGAGAAAUUAGAGACUAGAGUUAGAGGGCACACAAAGUACGUCUGUGGUUUGAAUAGACACGAGAGAAAUUAGAGUUAGAGGGCACACAAAGUACGUCUGUGGUUUGAAUAGAUAGGAGAGAAAUUAGAGACUAGAGUUAGAGGGCACACAAAGUACGUCUGUGGUUUGAAUAGACAGGAGAGAAAUUAGAGACUAGAGUUAGAGGGCACACAAAGUACGUCUGUGGUUUGAAUAGACACGAGAGAAACUAGAGUUAGAGGGCACACAAAGUACGUCUGUGGUUUGAAUAGACACGAGAGAAACUAGAGACUAGAGUUAGAGGGCACACAAAGUACGUCUGUGGUUUGAAUAGACACGAGAGAAACUAGAGUUAGAGGGCACACAAAGUACGUCUUUGGUUUGAAUAGACACGAGAGAAACUAGAGACUAGAGUUAGAGGGCACACAAAGUACGUCUGUGGUUUGAAUAGACAGUAGAGAAAAUAGAGAACGUAGAAAGAAAUGAGAAAAUACAAGAUAAUGACAAGCAGCGAGGAGACCAGAACUCUUUUGUUUCCGUGGCAAUGAAAUCAUUGAAUCCAAUCCAACUUUCUGAUGUUUGAGGAAAACUGGUAAGAGCUUUUUACAAAGCUUAUAUCAACUCUGUCCGUCUGUCUGUCUGGUAAAAAAGUGUGUACACGUUAUGUCUCCCACACACAAACUCGGAUUAAAUUGAAAUUGUGCACAAUAAUUUCUUGUAUCUCACUAAACAAGGAACAAGAUUACAAAGAGAGUAUGUGUUAUCACACAAACUUAGAGGCGGCCCCGUCGGAUCCCUGUCGGAUCCUCCUAUUCGCAAGGAAUAUUCAAGACGUAAUUUUAUUUUAAUUGUCAAAAGUAAUAAUGUUUCAAAGAUUUAUUUGCCGCGUAUUUUUUUUUUCUGUCUUACAUGUUUCGGAUGUUCUUUCAAAAUGAAAGAUAAUUAACUUCCUUGUCCAAACCUCCAGCUGGACGACGGGGGAUGGCAGCGAGCUGGGUAUGAACCCGGGACUGUCGAGAUAAUCAGUCCAGCACGCUAACCACACCACCAGGCAUUGCUGUUAAUUUAAUAACAAACUGGUUACAAACUAAUAGCCUAUUAUUGAUAAAGAGAUAUAUUAUACAUUACCCCAUGACAUCUACCGGAUAUGUACAAUAUGUCAGACGAGCAAUUUUAGAUAAUCUUUUAGCGUUGAUUUGUAGUGUAAUUGAAAAAAAAAAGAAGAAAAGAAUAGAUAUCUUGCUUGUAGGCCUACUUCGAUGUCUCAGCACACUUAACAACAGAGCUAUUGGCAUUUUCAUUUAAAUGGAACUAGAAUGAAGAUGUAGAUCUACCUAAACUAAACUUCAGAUUUAGCACUCUUAAGAUCUAUUACUACUAGAUUUACAUAUAAGUUUGGAAUAAUUUAGAUGUAAUUAGAUUUGUGAAAAUAAAAAGCCUAGAUAAUCUAUGAAUAGACUGAAUGCAACAUUAAAUUUAAAAAUAGUAGAUUAGUUUUCGUAUAUUAGGCAAUAGCAUUGCAAUAUUGAUCUAGACGUUUGAAAAUCAAAAUCUACACUUUAAGUCUAAAAAUUGAAAUUCUAUAUCUUGAUAUAGUCUAUAUCAGUCUAAACUAGACCUAGAAUGAUUUUAAUUAGAUUAUAAAUAUAGAUCUAGUUUUAAAAAUCUAGAUUUACUGUAAAAAAUCUAGUUUGAGUUUUAAAAAUUUAGAUAAGAUUUUAAUCUAGCUAUUAUGUCUUUUUAAAAUACGAGUCAGAUAACGAGAUUUAAUAAACAUUACUAUACCGAGUUGAUUUAGCAUUUCAUUUAAAUAAUUAAUUCCAUAUGACGUCAAAUGAAAAAAAAACAACUCUACGUCACACGGCCUAGUUAGACAAAAAAAAAAUACCUUCAUUUAUACGAGCCAGUUAUCGAGUGGUCAUAACCAUUGGUGCACAGGGUGAGUCCUUUUGGCAUUUCAUUUAAAGAAUUAAUUCCAUAUGACGUCAAAGGAAAAAAAAUCCACUACGUCAAACGGCCUAGUUAGACUAAAAUGUCUUCAUCUAUACAAUCCAGUUAUCGAGUGUUCAUAGACAUUUUUAGCAUUACAUUUAAAGAAUCCAUUCAUAUGACGUCAAAGGAAAAAAAUCCCAUUACGUCACAUUGGUCUAGUACCCAAGAAAAUGUCUUUAUUAACACUAGAUAUUUAACGACAUUGGUGCACUGAGUUUUAAUAGAAUUUAUUUAAAGAGGAUUAAAGCCGCAUUUUUAUGCGUUUUGUCUGUCAGUCUGUCUGUCCGACAUGUUAAUAUAAAAAAACAACAACUAAACUUUUGUUUCGAAACAUCGCAAUGGUUUUAAGUAUGAAUGCAAUAGAUUUAAGUAUAUAUUGUUACGAAUCUCACUAUCCAGGCUCUCUGCAAACUGCACCAUACACCACCAACUUAAAGAACUUGACAAGUCAGGGCUCCAAAAUAACGUAAAGGUUUAAUGUCCAUGAAUAACAGCCAAUACUGUACAAUUGGCAGCACGUAGAACAGUACAAAUAGCUCUGCGAUAACAAAUAUCUCUCCGAUAACACCGUUCCGCCGUAUCAAGUCUUGCACUGGCCUCUCCGUCUCGUUCCGGGCUUGCACUGGGUUCAACAGUUCAGGACUGACUUCACACACUUGGGCUCGUUGUGUCGGACUCGAUCACAGACCAAGAUCAAGACGCCGUUCGUCUCAACUGUACUUGACAGUACUCCGCACUGAACCGUCGUAAUGCUCCGAACAGAACCACACCGUUGAACUGUGCUGUAGUCGACCGUGUUCUGAACUCCUGUCGUGAACCCGCUUUCUGAACCUUGCUGUAUUGAGCCCCUUUUCUCGACUGUCUUGACUACGACACCUCCUCUCUUAUAUAGGGUCCCUACUGGCCUUCUCGAACUGGACAGAACGCCGCUCGACGUUUCUAGGUGGUCAGAUGACUACAACUCUCGUGACGCUCCUGAACUCUGUUCACGUCGGCGAUCCUUCCCGAACCGCCGUGUUGACACUCGUCUCGGAUGACCAUCGUAACUCGUCACGGUUGACCGCUCGUCUAGCGCUGGCCUGGGGCGAUUUGCGUCGGCUGACUACACACACACCACUACCCCCAUCUGUGCCACCACCAGGUUUAUAACAAUAUAAUAGAUUGUUCCGGAUGUUUGUAUAAAUAAUAAGAGAAAAGAGAAUUCUAGAUAAAUGUAACACCGUUAAUUAAGUUUUUGGGAUGGUCUUCUAUAAAAUUAGGUGUAACAAAGCCUUGGGAGAGAUUUUCAUACCAUACUUUGGUGUUUGGAAGUUGUUUUCCUUAAAAAUCGGAACAUAAUAUUAACGAUAAAUAGAUUUUGUAACGUUUUAGCUAGAAAAUUAAAUGUACUAUAAGAGGAAAGUGAGAUUUUUUAAUAUAAAAAUAGAGUUGAAAUAUUUUUCAUAAAAAAUCCGGAACAACAUUUUUUCGUAAAUGCGAAGAUUAUUUGUUUUAUAAAAUAGAAGAGGGAUUUCAAACAGUUAUUUGGCGUUAGUUGAUUUUUCCUAUAAAUUUCGGACAAUUUUCGCGACGAUUUGUAAGAAAAUGUAAGUAACGUAGGUCGAUUUCUUUUCAAAAUAAAAAUUCUGAACAUUCUUUAUCGAUUAAAAAACUUUUAUUAUGUUUCAGCAAGAAAAUUAAAUGUAAAAUAAGUCUAAAAAGUGAUUUUCAAUAAUCUUUUCUAGUAAAUUACUUUCUUUUUAUUAAAAUCCUGAACAAGCAAUUGUCGAUAUUUUUGAAAUUUGUUUAAAGAUUAAAAUACGGAACAGUUUGAUAUUAAUAACCAAAUUGUAGUGACGCAUUGCCAAAUAAUAUAAGUGUCAUAUUAGUAAAUUAUGCGAUUUCAAACAAUCAUUUGACAUAAUUCAUUUUUUAUAAAACAAUAUCCGGAACGUUUUUAGAGUUAAUUUUACAUUUAGUAUAGAGAUUUUGAUUUAGCAUUUAUAUGCUAUUUACAUAAACAAUAAUGUGUUUUCGCAACGUUUAAGCAUGGAAAUUAAAUGUAAUAUAGGUUAGAAGAGCAAACAAACAUUCGUUGGCAUUGAUUAGUUUUGCACAAAAACAUCCAGAACAAUCAAUUUUAGAUACUAAAAGCUAUUGAGAUGUUACGGGAGGAACAUUAAAGGGUACAUCAGAUUUUCAAUAGCUUAUAGAGUUUUUUUUUAUUUAAACGUGACCGACCGACAAAACGCAUAAAAAUAAACCUCUUUUAUUCUGAUUAUUUUUAAAAUUUUCAGGGAACUGAUAGCACUGUGUUGUGCGGAUGCUUGUCACGCUACUGCUAGAAAGUCGCUUCAUAAAAAGUCCAUUUUAAAAAAUGAGCGUGAUAUUUACAUACAAAGUGCAUUCUUAGCCUUUUUAAACAAAAUUAUGUUGUUUUUUUUUAUAAUUUUAGCAGCUAGUUGACAAGAAAAAAAACAUUUUAAAUAAUAUUUAUAUUUGUUGCCAACAUUUGCAAUACAUUUUAUAAAUAUAUUUGACUUAGUAAUACUAAAAAUACAACAUUUUAGUACCUUCUUUGUUAACAUAUUGUAACAUUGCCUCCCUUACAUUUGCGUAAUUGUUUUAGAAUUGGUGUAUUUUUAUGAAAAAAUCGCUUGCAUAAUUAAUUUUAUAAACUAGACAGUUUGAUUUUAGAAAACCAAAAGUAGCAGUUACACCUAAACUUUUCAAGCCGCAUCGCAAGGUGAAAUAAUAUUUUUCCUUUCUCUUCUAGUUUUCGAGAUCUGAGUGUUACAGACGGACAGACCGACAUUUUGGCGGCUUUUUACCUUGCGGGGGCCGCUAAAAAAAAUUAACCAUUUAGCUGAUUAAGUAUUGGUAAUUAAUUAUUUUGGUAUCGAGUAUGGAAAAGAAAUUGUACUUGAAAGAUGUGGUUGAAUUAGUCCCUUUGAGGAAACCUAAUCCCUCGAGUCCGAAUGUAAGUCGUACAACUAUUUAAAAUGUAUUUCAAUAGUGACCACGGUAACCUUAAUACCUUAACCGCUCCCCCCCCUCUCUUUCCCAACUAGUCCAGUUUUAAAAUGUAUUUCAAUAGUGACCACGGUAACCUUAAUACCUUAACCGCUCCCCCCCCUCUCUUUCCCAACUAGUCCAGUUUUAAAAUGUAUUUCAAUAGUGACCACGGUAACCUUAAUACCUUAACCGCUCCCCCCCCCUCUCUUUCCCAACUAGUCCAGUUUUAAAAUGUAUUUCAAUAGUGACCACGGUAACCUUAAUACCUUAACCGCUCCCCCCCUCUCUUUCCCAACUAGUCCAGUUUUAAAAUGUAUUUCAAUAGUGACCACGGUAACCUUAAUACCUUAACCGCUCCCCCCCUCUCUUUCCCAACUAGUCCAGGCAAGUGAUCAUAGUGCAUUGAGAAAGAUUCAGAGCUAAAGCUUCAAGCAUGAAAUUGCGCAAAACAAAAAGAACUGAUAUAAAUAUUUCUAAUCGCAUAGAUGUAUUAUUUGUAGUGUAGGUCUAUAACAAAUGUAAUGACUUGACUGAAGACCAAACAGUGAUACAAGAUAAGCUUUUGUUUUUAAAAAGUAUUUAAAAAAGAAUGUUUUUUCUUGUUUUUCAUUAGCUGUUCUAACUUUUGGCUGUGUGUAAUGCACAAUUGUAAGACACAUUUCCUCAUGGAUAAUAAAGAUAAAUUAUUAUUAUUAUUAUUACUAUUAUUAUUAUUAUUACUAUUAUUAUUAUUAUUAUUAUUAUUAUUACAAUUAUUAUCAUUAUCUAUGUUACUAUUAUUAUUAUUAUUAUUAUUACAAUUAUUAUCAUUAUCUAUGUUACUAUUAUUAUUACAAUUUGUUAAUUGUCAAAAAAAAGAACAACAACAACCAACUUUUCAAAUAUCUUUAAUGUAUAUAUUUUUACUAUUAAUAUAGAUUGAAUGUGAAUUUCCUAGUGCUAUUAGAGCAUGGGAUGGGUUGCCUGUCAGCCAGAAAAAUCAAUGAUUUGGCAGAGUUUAAGUCAUUGAUUAAUAUGCAUGACUAGAUAGAUCCAGCGAUACUCCUAGGAAGUAAUCAUCCACCUUUUGGAAGUAACGUCUGUAUUUUAUAAGACAAUCAUCUUUUUUAUGAGUAACGUCUCUCGUUUAUAAAACAAGAUAAUAUAAGCAACCUCUUUUUGUUUUUAAAGUCACGUCUGUACUUUGUAAAAUAAGAUAAUCAUCUUCUUUUUUGAAGUAACGUCUGUAUUUUAUAUCAUAUGAUCUAGACAAUCAAUGUUCUCUUACUUUUGUUGAUUGUAAAAUAUAAGACUAUCUCUUGAUAAUGACGUGUAAUAAAUGCUGUUAUAUUAAUUCUAUGUUAUAUUUAAUAUACUUUUAAAAGACUUAUUUAGCAUGUUGUAGUACCUGUCAUAUAUGUAUAUAUAUCGGGACUUAAAAUCUAAUUUACUAAUUGACAACUUGUCUACGUAUUAAAAACAUUACUAAUUUGUAA